AUGUACGUCUUAGAGUGCAGUCCGGCUGAGGUAGCCAACGUUUGCGAAGAGACAUCUCAAGAGCAAGAAUCAGGUGACGGAUCAGGAGCGGCUGAUCUACAAGUGUGGCAUGCAAGAUUAGGUCACCUGUCAACGAAGAUGCUCAAGGGUAUGGCAGGUUGCGUCAAUGGAUUAAGGAUCAAGAAGAAUCAAGGCGUUGAAGAUGAUAUCGAGAUCUGCGAAGGGUGCAUCAUGGGUAAAGCAACCGUCAAGACGUUUCCGAAGUCACCAUACGGACACGUGAAAACCAAGGAAGUGUUGCAGUUGGUCCACAGUGAUGUCAUGGGACCUAUGGAAUCGAAGUCUCGAGGAGGAUCAAGAUUUGUCGUGACUUUUAUUGAUGAUUAUUCGAGAUAUAUAGUCGCAUACUAUAUUGAGAACAAGUCGGAAGUGACGGAUCGCUUUAUAGAGUAUAAGGCACUUAUGGAGAAUCAACUGUCCAAGAAGAUCAAGUGUAUCAGGACGGACAACGGGACGGAAUACGUCAACAGACGUUUCUCCGGUGUAUGUCGAAAAUCUGGUAUCAUGCAUCAGACGACGGUACCCUAUUCGCCACAACAGAAUGGGCUGGCCGAACGCAUGAACAGGACACUGACAGAGCGGGCCAGAGCAAUGCUCAGCCAUAUGCAAGUGGAUAAAAUUUGGUGGGCUGAGGCGAUGAACACGGCAGUCUAUGUGACAAACCGAGUUCCAUGUGCUAGUCACCCGACUAAAACUCCAUUUGAGUUCAUCUUCGGGAAGAAGCCUGACCUCUCCGAGAUGUGUGUAUUUGGAUCAAAGGGAUAUGCACAUGUCGACAAGUCGAACAGGACCAAGAUGACCAAGAAGGCGAUUCGAUGUAUUUUUCUAGGUUACUCGGAUCAAAUCAAGGGGCUUCGAAUAUGGGAUGAAGAUGCCAAGAGGGUGACGCACACGAGAUCGGCUAAAUUCGAUGAGAGACCACCACUUCAGUACGUGCAACAUUACAGCAGAUCAAGUGACCAAGAGUUUCGCGCUGUUCAUGACGAAGACACUGUUUCUAUCGAUUUAGAACAGCCACGAGUCACGAAAGACAUGGACAUAGCAAUGGAGGACAGUCACAGUGUUCAAGAAGAGAGUCACAUGCAAGACAGGCGUACAACAACGAUGGCUCUACCAUCAAGAUGCAGUAGCAAGAUGCCUGAACACGUGGGUUCCAAUGCUGACGAUCCAAUGUUUGAAAUUGAUGAUGUGACGAUGAUUGAAGAAGAUCAAGAAUCGGCUGAAGAAGUGUCAAGACAAGGACAGAUGGUGAUACGACCAAGUCGACAGACAAGUAUUCAAGCAUCGCAAGAAACCGCGAUGGUUCCACUAGAAUCGGUUCAACAUGGACAAUCUCAAGCGUUAAUACCAGUGAAUGGUGCUGAUGAGGACUUUUAUGACGGCUCAGAAGUGUGUCAAGAAAAAGGCACAAAGAGACUACGUAUUGGGUAUGAGCAAGCAUGUGCAGCGUUCGAGACCCCAACGACAUACGAAGAAGCUCUUAAGUCACCUCGUCGUGAUAAUUGGUACAAGGCCAUUCAAGCUGAGCUCAAGGCAUUAGAGGAAAAAGACACCUGGGCUGUUCAAACACAGCGUCCAAACCAGAAAGUGAUUGGAACCAAGUGGGUGUUCACACUCAAACGAAACGAGCUGGGUGAGAUUAUUCGAUACAAGGCACGUCUUGUAGCACUUGGCUACAGGCAGACGUAUGGAGUUGACUACAUGGAGACAUAUUCACCUGUGGCAAACCUCAACUCAAUACGGGUGUUUUUGGCGGUGUGCUGUCAAAAGGGGAUGUUGAUUCAUCAAUAUGAUGUCGACACUGCUUUUCUGUAUGGCGUUUUGGAAGAAGAGGUAUACGUAUACCCUCCUCUGGGUGUUCGUGCAGAACAUAAUCAAGUGCUUAAGCUGAAUCGCAGUCUGUAUGGGCUGAAACAAGCGGCCGCUACAUGGUACAAGACAAUUUCGUGUGUGUUUGUGGAGAUGGGGUUCUCUUCAUGCGUGGCAGACUCAUGCAUUUUCGUCAAAGAGACCAAGGGCUCGUGGAUUUACGCUGCAUUAUAUGUGGACGACCUUCUAAUUGGGGCUGAAUCUACUGGAGUGAUGGAAGAUGUGGCAGCUCAACUAUCAAGUCGUUUCCAGUUGAAGAUACUAGGGGGUGUUCGAUACGUUCUUGGAAUCGAAGUCAAGUACCUGCGCAACAAUCGACGUCUGAAGAUCAGUCAAGGAUCGUGUAUAUCAAGAAUGGUCGAGAAAUUUAAUCAAGUUGAUGCGAAAGCAGUGUCAAAUCCAAGUGUUGAAGGGCAAGCGAUGGUCAAGAUGGACAAAGCUGACACAAGAAUGAAGAAUCGACCGUAUCGAUCGUUAGUGGGGUCGUUGUUGUAUGUGGCAACAGGCACACGACCAGAUAUUGCGUAUACAGUAUGUCAGCUGAGUCGUCAUUUGGAAUUUCCACAUGAAGAGCACUGGAAUGCAGCGAUUCGAGUGUUGCGAUAUCUGAAGACGACGCAGAGCAAAGGAAUUUGUUAUGAAGGAGUUUCAGGCAAUCUUCAGCUGAGCGCGUACACCGAUGCAGACUGGGCAAGUAACAAGUGGAAUCGCAGAUCGAUUUCGGGAGUUUUUAUCAUGAUUAAUGGCGCACCUGUGAUUUUCAAGUCGAAGAUGCAGCAGAGCGUGGCACUGAGCACGGCAGAAGCAGAGUAUAUGGCUCUUUCUUUAUGUGUGCAGGAGGUUCUGUGGACAAGAAGUCUACUCAAGGAGAUGCAAGUGCAGAUUAACUAUGCUGUCAAGAUUCACGAAGACAACCAGAGUGCAAUCGCUAUCGCUAAGAACGACGGCUAUCAAAGUCGAGCGAAACAUAUCGACAUCAGAUACCAUUUUGUGCGCGAACAGGUGAAAGACAAGAUUAUCGACCUGCAGUAUACUGAAACCAAGUCACAGCUGGCAGAUUUUCUGACCAAACCGAUUUCGACAAAGAAGUUCGAGUCGCUGCUGGACAAGGCCAGGAUCAGAGACUUCUAG